AUGGUUCCUCUGAUCCUGGAGGACGGCAGGUGGCUCUACCGAUACCAGGAGACGGCAAGUCCAACGUCGUUCUCCCUCUCGGAGGAGGAGGUGGCCUCCUCGUCCUCGGGUCUCUUCGCUGGUGCGACGGGAACUCCGGUUCCCUCGGGGUACCGGAGCACUUGGGGGGCGCGCCGGGACCCCCUCUACAUCGUGAUCCCGGUGACGGUAAUAUACGCGGUGAUAUUCCUGACCGGCGUCGUCGGGAAUGUUAGCACCUGCGUGGUUAUAGCCAGGAACAAGUCCAUGCACACGGCUACAAACUACUACCUCUUCAGCUUGGCGGUGUCAGACUUGCUGCUCUUGGUCUCCGGACUUCCGCCGGAGAUGUAUUACAUCUGGUCCCACUUCCCGUACGUCUUCGGCGAGGUCUUCUGCGUCAUUCAGGGAUUUGCUGCCGAGACUUCGGCCAACGCGACGGUGCUGACGAUAACGGCGUUCACCGUCGAACGUUACGUGGCCAUUUGUCACCCCUUCCUCUCGCACACGAUGUCCAAGUUGACCAGGGCGAUCAAGUUCGUUGUUGCUAUUUGGCUCGUCGCUCUCUGCCUCGCUGUGCCGCAGGCCAUGUCCGUUGGCAUCGUUUAUGAGACCUUCGACGACGGCAGGAUUCCGUACGAGGAUCACUACGUCUGCCUUGUUAAGCGAGUCGUCAUUCCUCACGCCUUCGAGAUCUCCACCUUCGUAUUCUUCGUCGCUCCCAUGACUCUUAUCACUGUUUUGUACGUGCUUAUUGGACUCCAGCUUCGACGGUCCAGCGUUAUCGCGAGAGGUGGGGCAGCCGGAAGCAGCGUUUCUCUCAAGGCCAGGGGGAUGUUUAAACGAAAGGAACGACCCUCUACAGAAGUCGUCGCUGUUAUGCUGCCCGAGACUUGUCCGGCACAGGGAAACGAUCCGAGUCUUAACGAUGAUGGGAGGAAGAAUUACUCGAAGAAUGUUCAGAACAAGGCGACGAGGCAUGUCGUCAAAAUGCUCGUCGCUGUUGUCGUGGCGUUCUUUAUCUGCUGGGCCCCCUUCCACGCUCAGCGAUUGCUCGCCGUUUACGGCACCAACCACGCCCCCCACAUGGUCGCGGUUUUCAACGUCCUCACCUACGUUUCCGGGGUGCUCUACUACCUCUCGACGACCAUCAACCCCCUGCUCUACCACAUCAUGUCCAACAAGUUCCGCGAGGCUUUCAAGGACACGCUCGCCCGAUGCUGCGGCCGAGGGCGACUCGCCCGGCGAAGAACGGGGGGCGGCGGCGGCGGGGGCGCCUCAGGAGGCGUAGGUAGGUGCUACUCGAUCCUGUCGGGACGAUUCUCACAGAACAACAGCACGAGCAACGGAAGUGGCGUCCUGGAGGACGACAGAGCCUCCCUUGGCGGUGGUCCCCGGUUCCUGCAGGACUGCACGGAGGUGACAAGCCUGCGAGAGUUUCGACGACCUUUGGUGGUGUCGUUCCGUCGACGGCAGGCCGCGACCGCGGCGAAACCGGAAGCUCCAAAGCUGGAGAACGAGCUGCAGGAAGCGCUGGCUGACCUGGCAGAUGACGCGGGGAAAAUGUCUCGGUCGAGGAGGUCCUACCUGGACACUACGACGCGGGUUCUUUCCGCCACCUCCUCAUCGGCAAUCGGGAAUAACGGUAUGCAUUUCCGUCUGAUUUCCAGAGGGUCGACUGCUGCAGGAAACGACGACGAGGUCCUCGACGCCUCCAGGGAGACGGUUGUUCUCUUGGAAUCGUACCGGACACCCGAGGGAACUGGCAACGACGAGGACGACGACGACGAUGAUGAUGACGUCGAUACUGGUGAAAAGGAAACCUCCGAUCGUGAUCGAGAAGAGGUCAGAACUCCGGCGACGAUCACUUCCGGAACUUUGGUGGGGCGGGGGGUCGGUUAUGCAGAUAACUUUGCCAAAGUUGAGGACAUUGAGAUAUUCCACGAGCACCGAUUCGUCAUGCGGGAUCUCAAGAGGCAUAAUUCAGCCAGGAUAUCCGAUCCUUCCGGCUUUUCCCGCGGUCAAGCCCUACGUCAGACGAACUUUGAUUCAGAACGGUUCUUAGAACUCUCUACUUCAGGCCUCGAGGGCUGAUUGUUAAUGGGUAUAAUACCGAGGGUCACCCUCGGCUUGCUAUUAUUAUUACACUAGGUCAUCCGCUUGUUUUUUGUUGCACUUGCUAUAUGGCUGGAUAC